AUGGUCAAGAACCUCGUCGUCUUCGACUUUGACUGGUCCUUCGUGGACCAGGACACCGACCGCUGGGUCUUCGAGGUGCUCUCCACCGAGCUCAGGCGCACGCUCCAGGACCGCAAGAGCGCCGGAUCGCAGUGCAUGCCUGAUGUUGUCGACCAGACCAUGGAGGACCUCUUCCAGGCCGGCUUCAAGAAGGAGCAGGUUCUUGACGCUCUCCGCAUCCUCCCCGUCCACCCUGCCAUGAAGCGCGCCGUCACCAGCCUCAAGGCCAAGGGCGAGACUACCUUCCUCUGCCUUUCCAACUCGAACCAGGUCUACAUUGCCACCAUCCUCGAGAAGCACGGCCUCUCCAACCUUUUCGACCAGGUCAUCACCAACCCCUCGCACUGGGACGGUGACAGGCUGCACAUUGGCCGCCGCCUGCCCGCCGACGGCCCCCAGCACACCUGUACCAUCGGCUGCCUGCCCAACAUGUGCAAGGGCGACGAGCUCGACGCCUGGCUGGCCGCCCACGGCGGCAAGGACUCGUUCACCAAGAUCCUGUACGUCGGCGACGGCGGUAACGACUUCUGCCCCCUGCUGCGUAUGCGCCAGGGCGACGUCGCGUGCGUGCGCAAGAACAUGGAGCUGCAGGCCAGGAUCGAGAAGGAGGGCGAGAAGGUCGGCUGCAAGGUCGACGUCGAGCUCUGGGACCAGGCCUGGAUCAUUGACGAGAUCUUCUCCAAGCUCUAA